AUGACAUAUGCAUCAUCUGCACCAAGUGGAUGCAUAGAAUCCUGUACGUCUUAUCUUAAACAACAUCAAACUCAAAUUUCUGGUGAUUUGUUACAAACUGCAUCACACUCAGGUCUUGACUACUCAAGACCUGGUACAUGGUCUGAACAUAAUGAGUAUAAUGUCGACAAUGGACAUGGAAAAGUACAUGAAGAACGUGGUCAAUAUAUUACAGGUCCAAAAACAGUAAGAUAUUAUAAAAAAAAUUACUCCUCUUCUUAUAGUACAAGAUAUCCUAAUAGUGAAAUAUUUCCGGAUUUUGAACAUGAGAGUAAUAAACAUGGUGUACAUUUACCUACUAUUCAAGAAGUUUCCAAUUCUCAAAAUACUUACAAUCAAAUGGGUAAUUCAGAGUCGGUUGGACAAUAUAAAUAUAACAAAAUACAAAAUCAACAACAUACUCAAUCGUCAUAUACCAAAAGUAAUGUUCAAAAUGAAAGGCUUGAAGAUCUUGGACAAUACAAUGGAAAUUCACAAGUGAUCCAGCAAGGUGCAUCUAAUCUGAAUACACAAAUUUCAAGAAAACCUUAUGAUACGAAUACACAAUCUGGAAAUUGGAGUUCAGUCAAUUCAUAUAAAACUGAUGGAGGACGUGGUCGUGUAUUUGAAGAAGAUGGUCAAUAUGUAUCAGGAGCUCAAAAAGUUCGUUAUUAUAAAAGGAAUUAUAGUUCUAGUUAUAGUUCAUCUGAUGGGAUUCCUAUUCCCGAAGUAACAAAAAUUGGAAUUCAAGAUAUUCAACAAGAAAUGGAGAAACUUCAUAAAGAAAUUGGAAAAGGAUUCAAACAAAUGUCUACAGCAGAUGUCAUAGGAUCCAGUAAUAUUGGACAAACAUAUGUUAAUACUCAUGAUUUGUCUACUGAUAAUAUACAUAAUAUAAACAGUGAUAACUCUAGAGGACAAAAUAGCUACAGGAGUAGUUUAUCUACUGCACAUACUGAAGAACAGCAUUCCUCACAUAUUACAAACGACCAUUUACCUUAUAGAAAUCCUUACCAAAAUACAUAUGAUGGAAAUAGCUAUAGUACACAUGAAAAACAUGAAGAAUAUGUCAAACAACUUCAACCAAUUAACCAACUUAUUAAUCCUACAUCAGGAUAUACCAGUGUACUUAAUACUGGAAAUAGUGGUUAUAAUAGAAAUACAUUUAGUGGAUCAACUUUACAACAACAAACAGAUAAUUUUCAACAAGCAGAAAUGUUAGAUACAGAACAGUCUAGAAUUUCACAGACGCAAACAUUUCUUGACAAUCUAAGGAAGGACACACAAAGCCAAAGUAGUGCAAUUCAUUCAAGCAUGCCAGGUGUAUCUCACUACAAGGAACAUUGGAGUGCUAGUCAUACAAAAGAAACAUCUAUCCCACAGCAUUCCAUAGAUAUUACACAUAUGAACCAACAGAGUGAUCAAUAUACCAAUAAUCAAUAUGACAACAGACGCAAUUUAUAUCAAGGGAUGCAACAACGAGACAAUUACUUACAUCAAUCCAAAGAAAGUGGUUUCACUAGUGGCAAAAAAACGUUAUUACAAAAAUUAGUAACUGGAGCAGACACUGUGGAUUGUGAUUAUAAUUCACAAUAUACACAUAGCAACACUCAGCAUCAAACAAAAUAUAAGCGUUCUGCUAAAUAUGACAAACAAGAUGAAGUGCAAACACACAGUAACUUUAAUGAUGAUUUUACUCGGCAAACAAGAGAAUUCGAUGAUCUCAUUCAACAAACUUCUGGAAAACCUGAAUUUAAUCAGAAAUCACAAUUAUACCAAUCUUGGACACCAUGGACUGCCAAUCAACAAUCAGAAGAUAUUACUCAGCAAACAACAGAAUAUGAUGAUCUUACUCAACAAACUUCUGGAAAACUUGAAUUUGGUCAGCAAUCACAACAAUUCUAUCAGUCUUCAAAACCACAUAAUACCAAUCAACAAACUUCUGGAAACCUUGAACUUGAACUUGAACAAGAAUCACAGUCGAAUCAGUCUUCAACAACACAUACUGCUAAUCAAUUAACAGAUUUUAUUCAGCAAACAGAUGAAUUUGAUGAUCUUACUCAACAAACAUCUAGAAAACUCAAACUUGGAGAGGAAUCACAACAAUUCUCUCAGCCUUGGAGAUUAAAUAUUGCCAAUCAAGAAUUAGAUGGUCGUACCCAAAAAACAAAAGAAUAUGAUGGUCUUACUGAACAAACUUCUGGAAAAAUUGAAUUUGGUGAGCAAUCACAAGACUGGAUACCACAUAGUACCAAUCAACAAUUAGAUCUUACUCAACAAACUGGAAAAUUUGAUGAUCUUACUCAACAAACAGGAGAAUUUGAUGAUCUUACUCAACAGACAUCUAGAAACCAUGAACUCGAACAGGAAUCACAACAAUUCUAUCAACCUCAAAAACCACAUACCAGCAAUCAAGAAUUGGAUGAUGUUACUGAAAAAACAAGAGAAUAUGAUAGCCUUACUGAACAAACUUCUGGAAAACUUGAAUUUGAUCAGCAAUCAUAUCAGGGUUGGAUACCACAUACUGCCAAUCAACAAUUUGGUCUUACUCAAGAAACAGGAAAAUUCGAUGAUCUUACUCAACAAACAGGAGAAUUUGAUGAUCUUACUCAACAGACAUCCAGAAACCAUGAACUCAUACAGGAAUCACAAUUCUAUCAACCUCAAAAACCACAUACCAGCAAUCAAGAAUUAGAUAAUCUUACUGAGAAAAUAAAGAAAUAUGAUGAUCUCACUCAACAAACAUCUGGAAAAGUUGAAUUCGGUCAACAAUCACAACAAUCCUAUGAAGCUUGGGAUUUACAGAGUACUAUUCAACAAUUGGAAGAUCUUAUUCAAAAAACUAAAAAAUCUGAUGACCUUGCGCAACAAAGUUUUAGUCAAGAAACACAACAUUCUCAUCAACCUUGGAAUUUACAUAAUACUAUUCAACAAUUAGAAGAUCUUAUUCAAAAAACUAAGAAGUUUGAUGAUUUUACUCAACAAACUUCUAAAAAACUUGAAUUUGAUCAGCAAUCACAACAAUUCUAUCAGUCUUCAAAACCACAUAAUACCAAUCAACAAUUAGAUCUUACUCAACAAACAGGAGAAUUUAAUGAUUUUAAUCAACAAACUUUCGGAAAACUUGAAUUUGGACAAGAAUCACAACAGUCGAAUCAGUCUUGGAUAUCACAUACUGCCAAUCAAGAAAUAGAAGAUUUUACUCAAAAAACGGGAGAAUUAAAUGAUUUUACUCAACAAACUUCUGGAAACAUUGAACUUGGAGAGGAUUCACAACAAUUCCAUCAGUCUCAAAAGCUACAUACUCUCAAUCAACAAUUAGAUCUUACACAAAAAACACAGACAAAUGGUGAUCUAACUCAUCAAACUUCUGAAAAAGUUGAAUUUGGCCAACAAUCACAACAACCCUAUCAAGCUUGGUACUUACAGAAUACCAUUCAACAAUUGGAAGAUCUUAUUAAAAAAACUGAAGAAUCUGACAAUCUUGCACAAAGUUUUAGUCAAGAAACACAGCAAUCUCAUCAAUCUUGGAAUCUACAUAAUACUAUUCAACAAUUAGAAGAUCUUAUUCAAAAAACUAGAAAGUUUGAUGAUUUUACUCAACAAACUUCGAAAAAUCUUGAAUUUGGUCAAGAAUCGCAACAUUUCUAUCAAUCUGAGAAACCAUAUAAUGUCAAUCAACAAUUAGGAAGUUUUACACAAAAAGAAUCUGAUAAUAUUAAUCAACAAUCAUCUGGAAAACUUAUGUUUGGUCAAGAAUCAGAGCAAUCCUUUUCAACUUGGAGGCCAAGUUUGUCUCAACAAAGUGAAAUAUUUGUGCAACCAGAAGAUAAUUUGCCAAAACCUGCAGAAAAACCUAAACCAAGAUCAAGAUAUUCAAGACUUGGAUCAACAGUUAAUUCGCAGCUAUCAAAUCAAAAUCAGAAAAAUAUAAAUCUUACUGCUGGAAAUAUAGAUGUUUAUGAAUUACCACCAGAAGUGACUAUAGAACAUGAUGUAGAUAAUGAUAAGAAUCAAAAUAUCAGAGGAGAUCAGGGGCAAGGUAAAGAUGUUUCUAACAAUUUAAAACCACAAACUGGAAGUAGUAUAUAUGAUAAUGUGGAUCCAGUAAAUUGGUUACACAAAUCAAAUGAUGCAACUGUAGGCUUGCAAUGGCAUUAUACAUAUCAUCCAAGUGAUCAAAGACAAUUUGUACAACAGAUAGAUCAGAAGAAUAAGGAAAGUCUGCACCAGCAAUCAACUCAAGCACAAUUUUCCAAUUUACAACAGAAUUUCAACCAAGAAACACAAAAUAAAUAUAUACUAGAGAAUUCACAACAAGAAUCUCAAAAUUAUGCAUCAGAACAAGGAAUUAAAUCUAUAAGAAAACCAUUUCGCUAUAUUCAAAAAGAAAAUAAAUUAGUAUCUGAUCAGCAAAUAACUGAAAAUGGAAAUUUGCAAAAGCAUAUAGAAACUGCUUCAUCUGAAUUUAAACCACAACCAAGAAUUUUGGAAGUUUAUGGAGGUGGACAAUAUGAUCCUACACAUAGCGAAGAUAUAUACUCAGGAGUAACAGUAAACCCUAGUGCUACAUUACCACCAGAAAGUAAUACGGAUCCAUGGGAUAUUCGAGAAAUACCAAUAACUACAACAGAAUCAACACUUCCAGCAUUACCUGUAGAACCUUUAGAUAUAAAUGAUACUACUGAAAAACCACAUCAAUCAUCUGUUUGGUCAAGAAUUGGUCACAAAAUAACAACUACUUUUGAUAAAGCUAAAGAAAAGGCUAGAAGUAUUUUUGGAUAA